AUGGCUCAAGCACUCCUUCGUCAUUUGCUCUCCGAUUUAUUUGGUGAGGAAUCACCUGCUCAACAACGCAUACUGGAGCGAAUGUUGAAGAAUAUUUACAACAUCUCGGAACAAGUGUUAUCAUCAUAUUCAGCAAGGUCAUCCGUUAUUGUUCCUGAACAAAAGAAUGAUGACGAAAAAUCAUUGCAAUCGGGAUUACUAGAGGAAAAUUCGGAAACAAUUGAAUGUUUAGUGAGGAGUAGCUUGAAAAUAUUUCUCUUACUCCAAUCCAUCCAUUCGUCAUCAUCAAUCAUUGAUUUUUCAUUCCUAGGAAAAUUUACGAGUUUAAUUUCCAACGUUUUAAACGAUCCAAAUAGAACUUUGGAAGAUUCACAACGAAAAACAAUAUCCAUGAUUCCACUUCACUUGCUUUCCGAGUAUUGUAACCAUUUUAAUGAUGCCAAAGCUAUCGAACAAAUAUUUAAUUAUUGUAUGAAUAACAAUUCUGGGCAAAAAGAAUCAUCACAUCAUCCUGUAGAUAACACGACUAGUCAUAUGGACUUUAUGAAAUGUCUGAGUCGAUGCUGCUCCGAGUUUAAGCUUUGUGCUUUGGAAUUGCUGAAAACGGUAAAAGCAGUUUUCGACUCGAAAAAGGUUUCCAAAAUUGAAGACACAGAAACCUGUGGUAAAAUAUUGCUCUUUGUUGCGUCUGUUCUACCAUAUAACCACGAUGCAUGUAUCAAUAAGGGAGGACAUGUGAAUAUGGAGCAUCAUGCAUUGUUGGAACAACAAGUCCGAGAGGAGCAAACCGAUGCCACAAGUGUGGUGCUUGAUGAUUUUGAAACAUUUUGGAAUUUGCAAAUGCAUAUAAUCCAAUUAGUAUCCCUAAAGACAUCUCUCUCAGUUCAUUACAGCCAAGCUAGAGGUCAGGAUUCCACUAUACCGACAUGGCCAAUAUUUUCCAAAGAAGUAGACAGAAUGUUGAAAUGUAUUGAAUCUAGAUGCAUUUCCAAUAUUCAAACUCUCAAGCAAUUGAAGAGAAAUAAGGAAAAACUUCAAUCUGACGGAAAGACAAGCGCCAUCGAUACGUCACAACAACAAUUUGAAGUAUUGUUUUCUCCAAUUAAGCUGCUGAAAAAUCGAAAAUUAUUUGACCUUCAGUUGGAUGACAUUCGAUUCCGUAGACAAGUACUGAUUCAAUUAUUGAUAGCGAUUUCUAGAUUGCAAGAAAAGAACUUGGACUCUCAUUCCUACUCUGCAGAGCUUAAAUCCAUGAGAGAGAAAAUUCUUGCAAUUAUGAAAAAGUAUGAUUCUGAUAUUAGUGCAAUUAUGGACACCAUUUUUGAACGAGAAAAGUCCUGGACUACCUGGAAGGCUAAUCAAUGUCCUGCCUUCUUUCAUGACCGCUCCUCCUCCCUUCCCAGCUCUUCAAAAGCUAGUCUCGUUUUUAAGAACGCAGCCAUGUUAGGAUUUUUAGAAAGUGACACAAGUUCUGAGUCUGUCGAUACCUAUUUAAAGAGCUCAGAAAAUGAAUUGAGAUCUCACGACUUUGAAAAUUAUGUCAUUCCCAUUGUGAAAGAAGAAUUCGAUGUGACGCCUUCUGAGAAGUUUGUCAAUUCUUCUAAUGUUUUUGUUUGGAAAUCCUGUCGCUUGUUAUUAGAUUUUGAUUUGAAAAAGAUUCAACUAGCUUUGCAACAUCCUUCAAUUUCUUCUGAAGCAACUCACAGGGAAGAAGACCAUGAAGGAGACACAUCUCAUGAUCACUUUCUUGAAAUUAUUGCCAAACAAGUUCUUGAACAAUCUUGUGAUGACAAAUCCAAAACACCAUUAGCCAGUGAAGAACAUGCUGACCUUAAUAAUAAGGAAGAAGACAAAAAUAGCAAAAAGAGAAAACUACAAGUCAUGCAAGACGAAGAUGAACACUCUUCAUCCAAACAAGUAAAACUCUAG